GAGGCUAGCGCUACCCGUGCGCCUGCGUGGAACGAUUCUGUGGCGAGUGCCGGCCGAAAGCUAGGUCCGGAUUGCACGUGGAGGGCCGCCCGAAGGGCACUCUCGGGCCUUAACCCGCAUUCUGUACCAUGGGGCGCAAGUUGGACCCUACGAAGGAGAAGCGGGGGCCAGGCCGAAAGGCCCGGAAGCAGAAGGGCGCCGAGACAGAACUCGUCAGAUUCUUGCCUGCAGUAAAUGACGAAAAUUCCAAGAGGCUGUCUAGUCGUGCUCGAAAGAGGGCAGCCAAGAGGAGGUUGGGCUCUGCUGAAAUCCCUAAGACAAAUAAGUCUCCUGAGGCCAAACCAUUGCCUGGAAAGCUACCAGAAGCGAUUUCUGCAGGAGCUGUCCAGACAGCUGGUAAGAAGGGGUCCCAGUCCCUAUUUAAUGCUGCUCGAGGCAAGAAGCGCCCAGCACCUAGCAGUGAUGAGGAAGAGGAGGAGGAAGACUCUGAAGAAGAUGGUAUGGUGAACCACGGGGACCUCUGGGGCUCCGAGGAUGACGCUGAUAUGGUAGAUGACUAUGGAGCUGACUCCAACUCUGAGGAUGAGGAGGAAGGUGAAGAGGCUGAAGUGCAGUGGCUUGAUCUUGGCUCACUGCAACCUCCAUCUCCCGGGUUCAAGCAAUUCUCCUGCCUCAGCUUCCCGAGUAGCUGGGAUUUACAGUUGCUGCCCAUUGAAAGAGCUGCUCGGAAGCAGAAGGCCCGGGAAGCUGCUGCUGGGAUCCAGUGGAGUGAAGAGGAGACGGAGGACGAGGAGGAAGAGAAAGAAGUGACCCCUGAGUCAGGCCCCCCAAAGGAGGAGGAGGCAGAUGGGGGCCUGCAGAUCAAUGUGGAUGAGGAACCAUUUGUGCUGCCCCCUGCUGGGGAGAUGGAGCAGGAUGCCCAGGCUCCAGACCUGCGACGAGUUCACAAGCGGAUCCAGGAUAUUGUGGGAAUUCUGCGUGAUUUUGGGGCUCAGCGGGAGGAAGGGCGGUCUCGUUCUGAAUACCUGAACCGGCUCAAGAAGGAUCUGGCCACUUACUACUCCUAUGGAGACUUCCUGCUUGGCAAGCUCAUGGACCUCUUCCCUCUGUCUGAGCUAGUGGAGUUCUUAGAAGCUAAUGAGGUGCCUCGGCCCAUCACCCUCCGGACCAAUACCUUGAAAACCCGACGCCGAGACCUUGCGCAGGCUCUAAUCAAUCGUGGGGUUAACCUGGAUCCCCUGGGCAAGUGGUCAAAGACUGGACUAGUGGUGUAUGAUUCUUCUGUGCCCAUUGGUGCUACCCCCGAGUACCUGGCUGGGCACUACAUGCUGCAGGGAGCCUCCAGCAUGUUGCCCGUCAUGGCCUUGGCACCCCAGGAACAUGAGCGGAUCCUGGACAUGUGUUGUGCCCCUGGAGGAAAGACCAGCUACAUGGCCCAGCUGAUGAAGAACACGGGUGUGAUCCUUGCCAAUGACGCCAAUGCUGAGCGGCUCAAGAGUGUUGUGGGCAACUUGCACCGGCUGGGAGUCACCAACACCGUUAUCAGCCACUAUGAUGGGCGCCAGUUCCCCAAGGUGGUGGGGGGCUUUGACCGAGUACUGCUGGAUGCUCCCUGCAGUGGCACUGGGGUCAUCUCCAAGGACCCAGCCGUGAAGACUAACAAGGAUGAGAAGGACAUCCUGCGCUGUGCUCACCUCCAGAAGGAGUUGCUCCUGAGUGCUAUUGACUCUGUCAAUGCGACCUCCAAGACAGGAGGCUACCUGGUUUACUGCACCUGUUCUAUCAUGGUAGAAGAGAAUGAGUGGGUGGUAGACUAUGCUCUGAAAAAGAGGAAUGUGCGACUGGUGCCCACAGGCCUAGACUUUGGCCAGGAAGGUUUUACCCGCUUUCGAGAAAGGCGCUUCCACCCCACUCUGCGUUCUACCCGACGCUUCUACCCUCAUACCCACAAUAUGGAUGGGUUCUUCAUUGCCAAGUUCAAGAAAUUCUCCAAUUCUAUCCCUCAGUCCCAGACAGGAAAUUCUGAAACAGCCACACCUACAAAUGCAGACUUGCCUCAGGUCAUCCCCAAGUCUGAGAACAGCAACCAGCCAGCCAAGAAGGCCAAGGGGGCUGCAAAGACAAAGCAGCAGCUGCAGAAACAGCAACAUCCCAAGAAGGCCUCCUUCCAGAAGCCGAAUGGCAUCUCCAAAGGGGCAGACUCAGAAUUGUCCACUGUACCUUCUGUCACAAAGACCCAAGCUUCCUCCAUGUUCCAGGAUAGCAGUCAGCCAGCUGGAAAAGCUGAAGGGAUCAGGGAGUCAAAGGUGACUGGGAAGCUAAAGCAACGAUCACCUAAAUUACAGUCCUCCAAGAAAGUUGCUUUCCUCAAGCAGAAUGCCCCUCCCAAGGGCACAGACACAGAAACACCAGCUGUGUUAUCCCUGUCCAAGACUCAGGCCACCCUGAAACCUAAGGACCACCAUCAGCCCCUUGGAAGGGCCAAGGGGGUUGAGAAGCAGCAGUUGCCAGAGCAGCCUUUCAAGAAAGCUGCCUUCCAGAAACAGAAUGAUACCCCCAAGGGGCCUCAGCCUCCCACUGUGUCUCCCGUCAGUUCCAGCCGCCCCCCACCAGCAAAGAGGAAGAAAUCUCAGUCCAGGAGCAACAGCCAGCUGCUGCUGUCUUAGGAUGGUGGAAAACUAGACUGGGGUGGCUCAGUGCCAUUGUCACCGGGUUGGAACUCUUGCCUCUGUGAGGAUGCCUUCUCCACUGUGCAUACCCAUGAAAUUUAAUACACGUUUUACAACCUCUG